GGGCGGGGCGCUGUCCGGUGCGGAGCGGCCAUGACGGCGCACAGCUUUGCGCUGCCGCUCGUCCUCUUCUCCGCCUUCUGGGGCCUCGUGGGCAUUGCCGCCCCCUGGUUCGUGCCCAAGGGGCCGAACCGCGGGGUGAUCAUCACGAUGCUGGUCACCACCGCUGUGUGCUGCUACCUCUUCUGGCUCAUUGCCAUCCUGGCCCAGGCCAACCCCCUGUUCGGGCCACAGCUGAAGAACGAGACGAUCUGGUACGUGCGCUUCCUCUGGGAGUGAGCAGUCCCUGAGAGCUGGCGCCUCAACAGAGACCCCCAUCAAAUCCAUCACCCUCUUGUAGCUGUUCCAGCCUCUACCCUCCUGUGCCAGACAGCCCCCAGAGGUGCUGGGACAGAGGCUGGACCCGCUGCCCAAGCACACCUGGAGCACUGCAGCCUGGACCAAUGGAUGGCUGGGCCCCCAAGCGUGUCAGGCAGCACCCCUGGGCGAGGGCCUACCAAUGUGACACUAGGAGCAGCCAAGCUACCAGGGAGAGAUCCCUUCAGCUGGCCCAGUGCUGCAGUGACUGAGCACCAUCCUGUGAGGGAUCUGCGUGUGGUGUCAGCAGGUCCUGUCCCAGCAGUGCUUGUCCUACCCUCUUAAUGUGUUCAGCCCUAGCAGCCCUAGCCCCCCACAUGAAAUCCCUGCUCGUAGCCCAAGCUGCCCAACUAGUUGCCCUGUCCCUGUUCCUGGUCAUUACAUGCACUGGCUGCCUGUCUGCGUGAGAACACAGGAGCCAUUGCAUCCUCUGUGGUCUGGUCAGUCCCUUGUGCUGGGGGUGGGAGAAGGGAGAGCUGACCCUGGAGGAGCAUGCAGACCCCUUUGGGUGUGAUAAGGGAGGUGUUGGGAUGUGCUGGAGGGGAUGAAAAGAGGUCUGUCUCUCACCUGAGCAGUGAGGCAGCUGCAGUAGCGUUUAGGAAACUCCACCACAAGAUUGGUCCAGGUUCUGAGAAGAGCCAAGUAGGGCAUUGUGUUUCAGGUUUCCCCUUAUUUAUCAGAUAAUUUACCUGUAUUUAUUUAUUUAUUUGUCUGCGUUGUUUCACUUGUGUUGUGGAAAUAAAUCCUUUUUGUAGUAA